CUGCAGUGAGCAGUCUGCAGAAUCGAAUCAGUCAUUGAUCGUGCUAAUAUAAUUAUUUAUAUUUACUAUUAACAUUAAAUUAGUAUUCGUAAUAAAAACCACUACUCAUAACAGAAAUAAAAUAUGAAUACACUUGACAAACAAUUGGCUGAUUUACGAAUAUAUGCAAAUGAGCUAGAUGCAAAGUUACAGGAUGAUAUUAAUACAACGAAAAGAAAACCAUCUAUUCCACCCAAAAAAUCUAAACCUCCACUGCCGCAAAUACCUCAAAGUUAUUCUGUAAAGUCUGCGUGUGAGCCGUCCUAUUCAUCACGACUGGAAUCUGGAAGCCGUACCAGUUCUACAUACUCAAAUCUGGUACCGGUCAAGAGUUGUAUUGUGAGAAAUUCAGCUAAAGGUAGAAGUGGAGACGUGCUACUAUACAGUAACUUAGUGCCUCCUGGCGGCGUGAGUCAUGUUUAUACUAAUGUGCCAAUACAACGAAAUGCCGAAAACUUUUACGAUAGAGAUGCAAGAUCAGAAGUGUCCAGAAUCAGUGAUGUGGGAAUCCAGUCAAAUUAUAGCGAGUUACGACGCCCUGGAUCCGCUUAUCCACCAUCAUCUGCAUCAGUAAACGCACAAGAUUUUUCUACUUACGGUGGAUCACAGACUUCAUCUACAUAUGAAUCAUUGUAUGAGCCUAUUAAUCCUCGACCCUGCAGCCAACUAUCAGGCACAUCACUGUACGGAGGUUAUGUUGGUACAACAAUAGAAUCUACCCCAGAACCAGAUGAAGCCUUGUAUUGUGGCAACUGUUAUCAUUGUGGCGAAAAAAUUAUGGGAGAGACAACUGGGUGUACUGCUAUGGAAAGAAUAUAUCACAUUAAAUGCUUUUGUUGCCAGCAGUGUGGAAUCAAUCUACAGGGAAGACCCUUUUAUGCUGUACAAGGAAAAGCUCUCUGUGAAAGAGAUUAUCUGGAGACCCUAGAGAAAUGCUGUGUUUGUGGUGAUCCUAUUUUGGAUCGCAUUCUAAGAGCUACUGGCAAGCCAUACCAUCCUCGCUGCUUCACUUGUGUUGUAUGCCAAAAGAGCUUAGAUGGCAUACCAUUUACUGUGGAUGCUGUUAAUAGAAUUCAUUGCAUUGAAGACUUCCAUAAAAGAUAUGCACCACGCUGCGCGCGCUGUCGGGAGCCCAUUGUUCCAGAAGGUGGAGCAGAAGAAACAGUACGAAUUGUUGCUUUGGACAAGAGUUUUCAUAUUGCAUGCUACUCCUGUGAAGAUUGUGGGUCAUCGCUUUGCUCAAGGGAAGAAGGUCGUGGCUGCUAUCCCCUAGAUGAUCACCUAUAUUGUAAGGAAUGUAAUGCUAGACGCAUACAAGAUCUUUCAAGAAAUAUUAACUAGACUGAAUUUGUAUUAAGAUUUUGUUAUUGAAUUUUUUUUGACCAUUUUACAAAUACCAGUAAGAACUGGCCAAAGAUCAAAUCCUCAAAACAGCCAUAUCAGGGUUUGAGGAUUUUAAUAUACUUGUUGAAUGAAGUAAACAUUUUUAAUUUAACCAAUGUGAUAAAGAUUUAUCAGUUUUUGAGCUGUAUACUCUAUGUAAUUCUCUGGUUUUCAUUUUUUAAACAUACAACUCUUAUUGCAUAAUAGUUUAAAGAAUAUACAAUAUCAAUU